AUGGACGACAGUGAUGAAGAACAACAACUUCAGAAUGAACGUCGAUCUGGAAGUUCCUCUAGGGCAAAGAGAAGAACAACGGUAGAUAGAGGUCGUGAAGAAGAGCACAAUCGAUUAUUCAAUGACUACUUCUCGGAAAACCCAGUAUACACAGAUGUUCAAUUCCAAAGAAGGUUGAGAAUGCAUAGGCAUGUAUUUCUUCGAAUUGUAGAUGCCCUUGGAAAUCAUGAUGAAUAUUUCCAAAUGAGGGUCGAUGCAACUGGUAAAAUGGGUCUUUCACCAUUGCAGAAAUGUACAUCUGCUAUUCGUAUGCUGGCGUAUGGAUCUCCUGCUGACCUUGUAGACGAAUAUGUUCGAAUCGGUGAAAGCACUUCAAUUGAGUGCUUAGAAAGAUUUGUUAAGGGUGUCAAUGUUGUAUUUGGCACUGAGUAUUUGAGAAAGCCUAACAACACUGAUGUUGAACAUCUUUUACAAAUGGGAGAGUCACGUGGCUUUCCAGGUUCAAACAAUGACAUUAAUGUGUUAAACCAAUCCAACAUGUUUAACGAUAUUUUGGAAGGACGUGCUCCCAAUGUGCAAUAUACAAUCAAUGGGACACCAUAUAAUAUGGGGUAUUAUUUAGCAGAUGGUAUAUAUCCCGAGUGGGCUACAUUUGUCAAGACUAUUUCAAUGCCACAGGGAGAAAAGAAAAAAUUAUUUGCUCAACAUCAAGAAUCGGCUAGAAAAGAUAUGGAGCGAGCAUUUGGAGUGCUUCAAUCUCGAUUUGCAAUUAUACGUGGCCCGGCGCGUGCCUGA